AUGUCUACCAAAUUAAGAUAAGAUAAAUCCAAAUAAGCAAAUGAAAAGGAUAGCAUUACCUUACUGCAAAGAUUGUGCUGCUUUUCAGCAAAUAAGCAAGCAAGGCUAUCUAAAAUAGUCCCAAUAAACACUGAACCUAAAUAAGAAACUAAGAACAUCGAUAAUUAGCCCUCAUUACAAAAAGAUUUCAGUGUUUUUGGCAAAUAAAAGAGGUUUCCAACAAUUAGAAUUGAAAGACUAACAAACCCAAUUGAUGUCUCAUAAAUAUCAGAUCUGUCCAAUAACGAUUUUGAAAUUAUCAAAACAACUUAAAGUACUCCAGAAUCAAUCGGCAAGCAUAAUUUUAAAUUACCUCUAACUCGAUUAGAUUCAAAUCUUAAUGCAAUUCCAUAAUACGAAGAUAAUUGGGAAAUCCAACCUACCGUCACUCAUAUUAAUUAUAAAGAAUCAUAAACUAAAAAAUAAUAAUUUAAAGACAAAUAAAAUAACCAAAUCUUUUAAUAACUUUCUUCUAAAAUCCUCUAACAGUUUCAGAGAGUAGUAUUAAGAAAGUCAACCUUCCACUAAAUUUUUUGCAGAAAAAGUGAAAACAAGUUAAACUUGCGAAGACAGAAAAUUUGA